GACUAUCUGCUAGAUGUAGAUGUGAUUUAUCAGCUAAAGUAGAUUUAAUGUGUUUUGUUUCAAGUGCUGGCGUUUGUACUUUAUUUAUUUAUUGAAAUUCAUAUAGUUGAACAGAAUUUUACUUGUAAAGGACACUUGUGAAUUUGUUUGGAUGGACACGCUGUUCAUGAAUAACACUGAUGUGGAGAUUUUGCUGCUCUGCUUCCCACACCAGCCUGACUCCUGCCUCCAAACGACACGCUUCUUUGUCAUUAGAGUGGUCAUGUACUUCUUAACACUAACUGCUAUUCUUAUGACUGUUUUUGGGAAUCUGUUGGUCAUCAUCACUAUUUCCCAUUUUAAACAGCUGCAUUCACCGACUAACUUCAUCAUCCUAUCCCUGGCCUUCGUGGACUUCAUGUUGGGCUGUCUGGUCAUGCCUUUCAGUAUGGUGCGAUGGGUGGAUGGCUGCUGGUUCUUGGGAGAUCUGUUUUGUCAAAUCCAUUCCAGUUUAGACAUGACACUAAGUAUUGCCUCCAUCCUGCACCUGUGUUUGGUUUCUAUUGACAGGUACAUGGCCAUUACCGACCCUCUGGGCUAUAAGAUGAAGGUGACAAAUGGAAAUGCGGCAGUGUGUAUCGCUAUCGUUUGGAUUUUUUCUUUCAUGUUCAGCUUUGGAAUUGUGUUUUCCAAAAUUAACGUUGCUGGUCUGGAUGAACAAAUGCUAAAAACCUGUGUCGGAAACUGUGUUUUGAUUUUUAACAAGGAAUGGGGUGUUAUCGCUCCACUUCUUAACUUUUAUAUUCCAGGAGCUGUAAUGACCUGUUUGUACCUUAAAAUUUUUCAUGUUGCAAGAAAACAGGCGAGAUUAAUUUCUGAUAGAACUGCUGCACUCACAUCUGGUGAGACAAAAAAACAAGUAUCGGAUCAGAGGGAGAGAAAAGCAGCUAAAACUCUGGGUAUUGUUAUGGGUGUUUUCCUUUUGUGUUGGCUGCCUUUUUUUCUCACCACUGUUAUUGACCCAUUUCUCAACUUUUCAACCCCUCUUGAUGUUUUUGAUGCACUUAUCUGGUUUGGUUACUUUAAUUCCAUGUUUAAUCCUCUGAUCUAUGGAUUUUUCUAUCCCCGUUUUCAGAAGGCAUUUAAGAUUAUCAUUGUAAGAUAUCUUUUUCACCUCAAAAGCUCAAGCAACUUAGUGCUUCAGUGAUUCUACUGGGCAGAAUUGUUACUGGCAUAAAAUGCAAUUUUGAUGUUCACAACCUGGAUUGGUUUCUGUAUUGGUCUUCAUAAUCAGAAUUCAUAUCAUUUUGAAUUUCAGGAACAUGCUAUAUACAAUAAUUUGUGUACAGUGUCAGGUGCAGGUUUGAAACAUUUACAGGAAACACUGUAAAUAGUAUUGAAGUAGAGGAAGUGAAAGUAAAAAAAGCAGA